CUUUUAUGUUGAGAUAUUUACCUUUGUUGCCUGGUUAACAAAAAGUUUGUUAAUCAAGUGUCAGAUCAAUGUUUAGGGUAAAAUUGAAGAAGUAAUUGUUUAAUUUAAAUUGAUUAUUCAACUUAGCUUAUCGUAUUAAAUUUAUUAUGUACUGAGUUGCUAGUUGUAUAGAACUGAUGUCUUCUACAAUCUUGUUUUACUCCAUCAAACUGUGUUCUUCCCUUUGAGGCUUGUGUGCAUAUUUCAUAAUGAUUUUUGAUCAACAAUCUGUCAAAAACAAUAAAAGACUUCCAAAACCUUGUCAUCUCUACGAAUUAGAAAAAUAUCUUAAUUUGGAUGCUUUCUUUCGUCAAAUUACAAGAGUUGUCCCUGAUUUCAACUCAACCAAAUCAUCAAACUAUGAAAUCUCCUCAUCUUCAUCUUCAUCUGCUUCUCCAAAUCCAAGUGUUGCUGAUGAACCUUCUCCCAAUGAAGAACCAGCUCCUACUCCAGUCACACAAAUCAACAAUGCUCCUACCAUAAAUCCACCAACCGAUCUUUACUCUGACGAGUUUAUGAUCGAUAAUGUAAAGAAAUGCAAUGAAGAUUCAAUAUUAAAUACUAUUGUAUAUGAUACUACCUUACCAGAUACCAUUCUUCAAGAUGAACAAAGCUGUGAAUCAAGUGAUAUGCAGACUCCAAGUGUAUCUGAUGAAAUAAAUUUCUCAAAUCAACUUUCUGAUGAUACCUUCAAUACAGAAGGAUCUAGAGGCUCAUUAUUGUCCCAAUGUGCAUCUCAACCUGACCAAUGUGUUUCCGAACCGACAACUCUAACACAAAUAAAAUGUGUAACAGCGCCAACUACUCCAAUAGGAUCCAGGCCCAACAGUCCAUCACUCACACCGAGUUAUUCAAAAACCAAAAAAUGUGUCAAGAACAAAAGCAGUAUUUCACGAGAAGUAAAUAUGACAGUAAAAAGGCGCAAGGUUUGGAUUAUGAUAGCUCGUAAAGAGAUUCCUCGAGCACAAAGGAAACAAACUUCUUCGAGAAAGAAGUUACUGGCCACUUGUCGAAAAAUAUCAAGAAUGGCUACCAACAAAUGAUGAUUUUAUUCAUUUCAUAAUCACUCUGAGCCAAUAUCGUAUUCGAUAUGGUCUUAUUCAGAAAAAAAUCCCGCUUUCAGGCCAAGAUAUUUAAUUUAAGAUCAUGAAAUCUCUGUACAAACUUAAUUUUAGCGAUUCCCAAAGCAAAGCAAAAGGAAUCUCAGCUAAAUCAAUCAAUACAUCAAUUCAUUUCAAAAUAUACAUGUGUUGUAACAAAAAUGACGAAAUAAAAAUGGAUUUUAAAGAAAGAA